UAAUUGUCCAGUGCUCAGCAUUCUUUGUGUUGGUGUCUGUUUGAGUGUUUUUUGUAUUUUGUCCUGUUGAUGCUCAUAAAUAUGCUGGAUGAACGGCACAGUCACGUGACCGAACCUCUGUGCUGCGUGUGUUUAUGUGCAGGAAUCAUUCGCUCUAGUGACCGUCCUCACACGCGUUUCCCGCUGGACCAUUAUCUGGACCUGUUUGAUCCGGUGGCCCUUCAGAUACAGCAAAGCCUUCUGGGAAACUCCAGCAGCAACAUCAUCACCAGUGAGGCCAGCGCUUCCACUAUGUGGGACAACAACGCCUGGCUGUAUCUCCAUGGCAACAGCACAGGGGCGGAGCCUCCGUCACUCGUCCAGGACUUCAUUCACGCACUGCAGCCGGACGCACGAUUCAUCGCCAUCCUCAGAGACCCUGUGGAGAGGUCAGAGGUCACCAGCAUUCUUAUCCCCAACUAAAACCAUAGAAAAAAUCAUUACGUAAAAUAUAAAAACCGCAAUCUUUAUUUCAGUUAGUUGCCAAGGCAAGGGUGUCCAAACUCGGUCCUGGAGG